AAACCCAGUAGACUAGACCAUGCAUGCUCAAUUAGUUGGUGUAAUCAAGCAUCAAUCCAGCAUACUCAUCACCUUUGAUUCUGUCUCACCUCCGGCCGUCGCCUAUCUCUGCCUCUGCUGGGUACAUGACUAAAUUUGGUCCUGAUCAACUAGGGGAUACCCAUAUUCUGGAGCCAAGAGUUGCUGCCGAACGGCUGCUGGACUUUUGGAAUGGAUGGGCGACCCAGAUCCUUGUAAUCCUGAGCCUCACACACCAGGUUAUCCUGCUCUUCUUCUCUGGGAUCCGCAGGCGUCAAGGCCGUAGCCCCAAAAGGCUCCUCCUCUGGCUGGCAUACCAGCUGGCUGACAGCACCGCAAUGUAUGCCCUUGGCAACCUCUCACUCAGGAGCACCCUGCGCCAUAACCGGCUUAUCGCCUUCUGGGCGCCAUUCUUGCUGCUACACCUUGCUGGCCCGGACAACAUCACAGCUUACUCCCUUGAGGAUAAUAAGCUGUGGAAGCGCCAUCUUCUGACUCUUGUCGUGCAGGUCCUGGGAGCUGGGUAUGUUGUCUACAAGCAUAUCGCCAGCAGUGGGAUCUUGUUCUCGCUAGGUACAACCUUGAUGAGCGCUGUUGCGGUUGCCAAGUUUUGUGAGAAGACAUGGGCUCUCAGAUGUGCUGACUUCACCAUCAUCAGGGAGUCUCUGGAGGCUGAGAACACAGAGCAACAAGGAAAAUGCCGUCUUUACCUUGAGGAUGAACCACCUCAGGGGGGAUUCAAAGGGAAGGUAGUCGACAAAGAGGAAUUCCUCAUGCUCCGUGCGCACGCUGUGUUCCGCGUCUGCAAGUCUGCCAUGGUGGAUUCCUCAAAGAACCCAGGUAACUAUGUGGUUGGCAUACUUAAAUACCUUAAGGAGAAUGAGAUGGGGUAUAUGUGGACACUGGUGGAAAUGGAGCUGUCGCUGAUGUAUGACGUCCUGUACACCAAGGCACCCGUGCUCCACACUCUGCCUGGCUACUGCAUCCGAGUUGUCUCACCGCUCGCCGUGGUUGCUUCCCUUCUGCUGUUCCUGUUCUAUGGCAGGGAGGGAAACAGACGUACAGACAUUGCUAUCACCUACAUCUUGUUGGGUAGUGCCUUCCUCAUGGAGAUGACAUCGCUGCUGAGCGCACUCUGGUCUACCUGGACAUUCUCCUUCCUAUGUGCAACGCAGUGGAGUGGUCUUCGACACGCAGCUUUGUGUUUGGAGAGGUGGCACAAACUUCGUCGUAUGGUCCUUUCUCUUCGACGUCUUGCCCACAGCAUACGAAUCACUGGCUUCUUCAGGUUAUCAAGGAGGUGGUCAGGCACCAUGGGGCAGUACAACAUGUUGGAGAUGUGCACUACAAGGCCUGGGAGGUUGGCAGGUAUCCUGGGCUAUAGCAUGCCGGCUGUUGGUGUUCCAGAUGGCCUCAAGUACUUGGUGGUCGAUUACAUACAACACAUGAUCAAGAGUGGGUAUGUGAACACACUGGGAAUGGUCAGAAAGAAUUGGGGCACGGAGGCGCUGAAGCGCUGGAAAGAAAGUAGUAAUAUUACUAUCAAAGACAAGUUCCUUGGUGCUGAGCUCCACGAGGGGAUCAUCAUCUGGCACAUCGCCACAGACAUCUUCCUCUCCAGAAGGCAUAAUACCAAGGCUAAGGAUAAACAGCGUGUCAAGGAAGUGCAGAUACUAUCCAAUUACAUGAUGUUCCUCCUCGUCAAACAACCUGACAUGCUACCGGGCCUUCCUCAGAACAAGCUGUACCAAUGGACAAAGAGAAGCCUGGCCACUCAGUGGAAUGAAAUCAUCAGCAAUGGACUCAUAUCUGAUUCUGGGCUCCAGCCAAGUGAGAAUCUUGCCAGCGCCCUAUACAAGGAGCUAUCCGAACGCUCUGUUCAGAAUUAUCGUUUACAAUUGGCAAUCGAAUUGGCCAAAAUACUGGUCAGCACGGAUUACGCCUUGGACCUGGUCUAUGAGGUCUGGGCCGAUUUUCUGAUCUACACGGCCAACCGAUGCAGCAGGGAGUCCCACGCAAAGAAGCUCAACAGUGGUGGUGAGUUCACAACCCUGGUAUGGCUUAUGACAGACCACCUUCACCAAGUGUCCUCUAACCGGCAUGUUUAUGCACCUAGCGAAUAGACAGACAUCAUUGUAUUGUAUCACUUGUUUAAUCCGUGUUUGUGUAUAAACUAUGCAAGCCAAUAAUGUAUUAAGCUAUUCGCCU